AAAAGAAGCAGAAUAUUAAGUAUUUUGUAUUGGCUGUCGCAGGAUGAGCGUAUUUGAAACGAAAAACGAUAAAUGUGGCUUCCAUAAACAGUUUGCGCUGGACAUAAAUGGGAAUAGCACAGAGUUUGUGUUUCACGAAUUCGAAAACAAGUGGAUGCUACUGAUUACACAGCUGGGAAAAUUGCCGGCAUUCUACAAUGUGGCGUUCGAUGUGAAGCGAGACCAUCGAGUGCUGCCCUUUGCUCAUGGUCCAGUGGAUGAUCCAGAGUUCCAUGUCUCGGUGCCUGUGACAAUGACCUGCUGCAUGGGCAUCGACUCGGAUGAAAUACGCGGUGGCAUACAGUUUUUAAUUAACAAGACGGCGAUCAACAAGUGUCCAUCAGAAUUGCUCAUCGCGUUGGGAUUGAAGAAAAUUGAAUCGGAGGAUCUGAGAGCUAUUGCCAAAGUGCUAGAAAACGGCAUAUUUUAAGCGUACUCUAUACCAUUUAAGCCCAAUAAAAAUGACAAAAAUUUGGGAA